ACUGAACAGUGAGAGAAAUCUCUGUGUUAAAAAGACACGGAGAUGAGCUUUGUGUUGCUGUGCGUGAUGCUGGUAGCCGGCGUGACGCCUACGUCUGCUGCAGCACAGCCGGGUAUCAUCGAGAGCCUCCUCAUGGCCACCCACCAGCGCCCCUGGCUCUGGGGUGUCUACGUCUUCACCGUCGGACUUCCUGCCAUUCUCUUCAUUAGCUUCAUGUGGCCUGACAAGAGAUUUGGUCCCCCUGAUCAACAGUAUUACUACAAGAAGUCUGACGAUGCUCAACCAGAUGAUCCUCAGCUCUCAAAGCGGACAGAGGCAGUGGAUACCAAAGGAAAGGCUGACAGAGCUGGAACGAGGAGGAGAGACACUCAUGGUAAUCAGACCUGAAGGAUCAUUGAUCAUCAGCGCUACGACCACAGGAGACGAAACACACAAGAGGAAGCCAUCACAUCUUUGAUGAGUGGAUGAAACUAGGAGCGUACAUGUUAAUCACAG